GUCAACAUUUCUUUUUUUUUAACGUUUAUUAACAUAAAGCAAUAAGGAUGCCGAAGGGCCGAUGUACAGAAGAAAAUAACACCACCAUAACAACAGAAACAUACCUAAUAAGUGGCUUUUAGAUUUUGUGGACGAGCCUGAUAGGAAGUACAUGUAUGGAAGGAUGUUUCAAUUUUAAUUUGGCGCAGCCAUGACAGUCUAUCUCAUCGUCUGCGUGUUCCUUCUCUUGGUUCUCAGCAGACAUGUUCAAGCCAAUUACAUCAGAACUCUCAAGCUGGAUUUCCUUUGCUCCGCUGAGCGAGGUCCUGUAUACGUCCGUGACCUUCCAUGGGAUUGCAGCAGCUACGUCAUAUGUGUGAAUGGACGUGCUGUGCCCUCGAUGUGCCCCCAAGGUUUCCGAUAUCAGGCAGGACAAAGCACCAACAGAUGUGUACCCCAAGACUUAAGUACCCCUUACAGUCAAAAUAAUGGAGUUAUAUGGAAUUACAUACGUACUAUAUGUCGGUACAACCCAAAGGCCACCAUUCCCGACACCACAAAAUGCAGCCAGUACUUGGACUGCUCUGUGACUAGCUCAGGAUCCGACUAUGUUGACUAUCUUCUGGAGUGCCCGUACCCCUCCUUAUAUUCUACCAUGUCAGGGGCGUGUCAGCCCUUCCACUCUGUUAUGUGCGGGGAGCGACCAGAGCCUAAGACACCAUGUGAUUACAGCCAGUUCCAGCAGCUUUACGGAUGCUCUGGCCACGUCUGCUCGCCAUGUGAGCGCCACCACCCCAACUGUCUAGGACUGCCCAACGGAAGGCACUCGCUGUCCGCGAACCCCAAUGUGUGGAUAGAGUGCCACACAGAGAGGACGCUGAGCGUCAUCGCCCCUGACUCUGGCUCCAGACCUACCUCUGUCAUCAGCACUUUUGCAGAAGGGACGAACGAUACCUCAAGAACAAGCAGACGUCUGUAGCCGUGGGGGAGGGGGGCAGACUUCAAUGCGAUUGGUCGUCAUUUUGAGGUCAUUUUAACAGUGCAAAGAUGAAUUCAUUAUAGUAAAUCCUGAAUACAUUGUAUAUGUCUCUAUGUGUGCUCAUAUUGAUUUCAUAAUUUAGCCAUAAUCGAUUUUAUGCUUUCAUUAAUAUGCUAUGUUGUCAUUGUUGACUAUUCGGUCUUUGGCCUGUAGCUUCAAACAAACUAAACCGGUGUAUGUGUAUUAAAUUCUUAAUGCAGAUCUUGAAAUAAAACUGAACAGACUA